AUGUCCGAUGGGGGAGACUACACCUGCUCUGUCCAGACUGGAAACAAGUCAUACCAAGCUUUGACACGGCUUCAGGUCGAAGGCAAGGUGUCCGUGCAGGGCCCUGCCGGACCCGUCACUGCCACGGUGGGACAAGACCUUUACCUUCCCUGUCACCUGUCACCCAACUUCACCGCUGAGGGCAUGACCAUCAGCUGGCUUCUGAAACGCACAGGCGCGCUGGUGUACAGGUACAAAGACGGCUGUGAUGAGGGUGGGCUGGGCGCCUACCGAGGCCGCGUGGCUCUGCUGAGGGAAGAAGUCAGAAGAGGCAAUGUGACAUUGAGGCUCACCAGCGUCAAGCUUUCAGACGAGGCAGAGUAUGUGUGUUCCAUUGAAGAUGAGCACUACUGGCGUGGCAACAUAUCAGUACAGCUAAAAGUCAAAGUGAGGCCUAUCGUGAUGGGCCCUGUCCAUCGCGUUACUGCAGUAGUCGGGGAGGACAUCCUUCUGCCCUGUUACCUCGUACCCAACAACAGGGCUGAGAAUAUGACAGUCGAAUGGAUUCAACACAGCACGGGCAGACUGGUGCACCUCUACAAAGGUGGACGCAACAUGAAUGACCGACAGGACCCGGGCUACAGAGACAGGACUGCCCUGUCCAAAGUGGCCCUCAACACAGGCAACGCUUCACUGCAGCUAACCAACGUCCACAUGGCCGAUGAUGGAGACUACUCCUGCUUAAUUGGAGAUGGACCCUGGAAGCAUCAACUGACCAUGCAUGUUGAAGUCAAUGGCAAGCGGAUUGACACAGCGCACUCGUGGAAGGCUGGUUUCGGCAUCAUGUUUGUGCUGGCUCUGGCCCUGGCCACCGCACUUGCUGUGCUGCUGUAUCGUGUCCGACGCAGACUGAAAGGUAGAGUCUGA